AUGGACCGCUUCUUCAAAAAGAGCUCCUCUGAGGCCGCUCAGGCAAAGGAAGAAGUGGAACUGUUGCAGCAGAAGAUAAAGACGAUGAGCGAGGUGGCGACAGCAUUGGAGACUCAGUUGAAUGAUGAAAAGACAAAAUACACUUUGCUGCUCACCAAAACAAACACGUGGAAGGAAAAAGUAAAGGCACUCACGGAGUCCGAUCGAUCGCGCAUCGCUGAGCUGGAAUCACAGCUGGCCGCUUACCAUGUGGCCGGCGAAGCUAACGGCGGUGAAUUGACCCCCGAGAUACGCGCCGCUGUUCAAGCAUCACUUCGCGGCAUUAUGACCAAGCAUGCCGAAGAGAUGGACGCAUGUAAGCAGCAGAUGGCAGCUGCGCAGGUCACUUUGAGCACCAAAGAAACGACCAUCACAGAACUCAUGCAAGAGCUGGAGGCAGUCAAGGCGGUUUAUCUGGAGAGCCAGCACCGUUUCGCAGAGGAAAUGCACUCCGUGACAGAUCACCACGAAAAGGCGAUGGCACAGCUGCAGUGUCAGCCUGAAUCUCUGCAGGAACUCGAGGACCUGAAAUCUCGAUUCCAAGAGCAGCAGAAGGAGAUCACCUCGUUGGAGAAUCACUCUCUGCAAAACGCACAGAUAAUGAGUGUCCUUCAACAAGAUUUGGCCUCUUCCGCAGAGAAAAAUGAAUUGCUUACUCAAGAGGUGCGCACACUCCAAGAAUCCCUCGCGACACUUAAGCAGAAGCAAGCAAUUUGGAAAGAAAAGGUGAUGCAGAUGAAGGCGAAGGAUGACGAAACCAUCAAACACCUGCAAUCGGAACUGGCACUCACGCGUGAGUCAUCUCCAGAGAUGAAUCACUCUCCCCCUGUAGCUGAGCCCACAGCAAUCGGCCAACCUGGCACCAGCGCCACAGCAGCCACAAUCAACCCACAGUCCAGUUCGGCCUCGAGAGCACCGUCGUCACCACCUGACGAACACCUUUGUCAGCUCUCGAUUCAACUAGAAGACGAGCCCAUCACGCCUCGCCAGUUUCAAGAGAAGCUCGAAACAUGGAAGCAUAAGGUACGAGAAAUGAAGAUACACGAUAUGCGCACCAUUGAAGCCCUGCAUACAGAGUGCGAUCAGCUCCGCCACCAGCUGGCCGCCAGCGCGGACGAGCAGGCGCAGGCCCACGAGACCCUCCGCGCGGAGCUGGCGGCUGCCCAGCAGGAGCGCGACAACGCCGCGCAGCAGGCGCAGCGGCACGCAGAGGAUGCCGCGUGUGUGCGGCAAGAGCUGGAAGCUAAGGCAGCGCAGUUCGAACAACUGGAAGCAAACGUUGUCACCUGGAAGGAGAAGGUGAAAGCCUCCAAGGCCCAGGACGCACAGCGUAUCGCUUCGCAGGAGGAGGAGCUGGAGCAGCUCCGCCACCAGCUGGCCGCCAGCGCGGACGAGCAGGCGCAGGCCCACGAGACCCUCCGCGCGGAGCUGGCGGCUGCCCAGCAGGAGCGCGACAACGCCGCGCAGCAGGCGCAGCGGCACGCAGAGGAUGCCGCGUGUGUGCGGCAAGAGCUGGAAGCUAAGGCAGCGCAGUUCGAACAACUGGAAGCAAACGUUGUCACCUGGAAGGAGAAGGUGAAAGCCUCCAAGGCCCAGGACGCACAGCGUAUCGCUUCGCAGGAGGAGGAGCUGGAGCAGCUCCGCCACCAGCUGGCCGCCAGCGCGGACGAGCAGGCGCAGGCCCACGAGACCCUCCGCGCGGAGCUGGCGGCUGCCCAGCAGGAGCGCGACAACGCCGCGCAGCAGGCGCAGCGGCACGCAGAGGAUGCCGCGUGUGUGCGGCAAGAGCUGGAAGCUAAGGCAGCGCAGUUCGAACAACUGGAAGCAAACGUUGUCACCUGGAAGGAGAAGGUGAAGAACGCGAAACUGAGGGAUUCCGAGAGAAUUUCGAGCCUAACGGAGGCGAGGGAGAACUGGCAGAGAGAAGCGGUGAGGGUUGCGGAGGCUGUGUGGCUGCUGUGUGCCGGUACUAUGAUCUGCGGAAAUGUGGAGUCGCCGGCGGAGUGGUCAGAGAGUCUUUGUGAAGCUGUGAAAGAUGGACAGGGUGCCUUGGUAUGCCUUUCGUUAAAACUGGGGACGGAAGGCACUUGGGCGGGUAUUCAAUGGUUCAAGGAACAGUUCACAGCUUACCUUGAUGUUCGUGCGUCAGCGGCCGAGGAAGCGGCAGAGCGGGUAGAGGCUUUGGAGGGUGAAAUCUUGCGCCUAAAGGAAUCGGAGGCUUCAUUGAAUGCUCGUUGCGAAAAUACCGAAGCGCACGCAAGGGAUCUUGAAGAGGAUUUGAAACGUGCAUCGACUCAAGCAGAGCCAGAGGAGCUGGAGCAGCUCCGCCACCAGCUGGCCGCCAGCGCGGACGAGCAGGCGCAGGCCCACGAGACCCUCCGCGCGGAGCUGGCGGCUGCCCAGCAGGAGCGCGACAACGCCGCGCAGCAGGCGCAGCGGCACGCAGAGGAGCUGGAGCAUCUCCGCCACCAGCUGGCCGCCAGCGCGGACGAGCAGGCGCAGGCCCACGAGACCCUCCGCGCGGAGCUGGCGGCUGCCCAGCAGGAGCGCGACAACGCCGCGCAGCAGGCGCAGCGGCACGCAGAGGAGCUGGAGCAGCUCCGCCACCAGCUGGCCGCCAGCGCGGACGAGCAGGCGCAGGCCCACGAGACCCUCCGCGCGGAGCUGGCGGCUGCCCAGCAGGAGCGCGACAACGCCGCGCAGCAGGCGCAGCGGCACGCAGAGGAUGCCGCGUGUGUGCGGCAAGAGCUGGAAGCUAAGGCAGCGCAGUUCGAACAACUGGAAGCAAACGUUGUCACCUGGAAGGAGAAGGUGAAAGCCUCCAAGGCCCAGGACGCACAGCGUAUCGCUUCGCAGGAGGAGGAGCUGGAGCAGCUCCGCCACCAGCUGGCCGCCAGCGCGGACGAGCAGGCGCAGGCCCACGAGACCCUCCGCGCGGAGCUGGCGGCUGCCCAGCAGGAGCGCGACAACGCCGCGCAGCAGGCGCAGCGGCACGCAGAGGAGCUGGAGCAGCUCCGCCACCAGCUGGCCGCCAGCGCGGACGAGCAGGCGCAGGCCCACGAGACCCUCCGCGCGGAGCUGGCGGCUGCCCAGCAGGAGCGCGACAACGCCGCGCAGCAGGCGCAGCGGCACGCAGAGGAGCUGGAGCAUCUCCGCCACCAGCUGGCCGCCAGCGCGGACGAGCAGGCGCAGGCCCACGAGACCCUCCGCGCGGAGCUGGCGGCUGCCCAGCAGGAGCGCGACAACGCCGCGCAGCAGGCGCAGCGGCACGCAGAGGAGCUGGAGCAGCUCCGCCACCAGCUGGCCGCCAGCGCGGACGAGCAGGCGCAGGCCCACGAGACCCUCCGCGCGGAGCUGGCGGCUGCCCAGCAGGAGCGCGACAACGCCGCGCAGCAGGCGCAGCGGCACGCAGAGGAGCUGGAGCAGCUCCGCCACCAGCUGGCCGCCAGCGCGGACGAGCAGGCGCAGGCCCACGAGACCCUCCGCGCGGAGCUGGCGGCUGCCCAGCAGGAGCGCGACAACGCCGCGCAGCAGGCGCAGCGGCACGCAGAGGAUGCCGCGUGUGUGCGGCAAGAGCUGGAAGCUAAGGCAGCGCAGUUCGAACAACUGGAAGCAAACGUUGUCACCUGGAAGGAGAAGGUGAAGAACGCGAAACUGAGGGAUUCCGAGAGAAUUUCGAGCCUAACGGAGGCGAGGGAGAACUGGCAGAGAGAAGCGGUGAGGGUUGCGGAGGCUGUGUGGCUGCUGUGUGCCGGUACUAUGAUCUGCGGAAAUGUGGAGUCGCCGGCGGAGUGGUCAGAGAGUCUUUGUGAAGCUGUGAAAGAUGGACAGGGUGCCUUGGUAUGCCUUUCGUUAAAACUGGGGACGGAAGGCACUUGGGCGGGUAUUCAAUGGUUCAAGGAACAGUUCACAGCUUACCUUGAUGUUCGUGCGUCAGCGGCCGAGGAAGCGGCAGAGCGGGUAGAGGCUUUGGAGGGUGAAAUCUUGCGCCUAAAGGAAUCGGAGGCUUCAUUGAAUGCUCGUUGCGAAAAUACCGAAGCGCACGCAAGGGAUCUUGAAGAGGAUUUGAAACGUGCAUCGACUCAAGCAGAGCGUGUUUCAGAAUUGGAACAGGAGACCAGCGAGCUCAGAGCGCGGUGCAACCUUCUUCGGAAAGAGCUGCAGAGGCAGCGGGAGGCAAUGCAGCGAGACCGGUCACAGCCGCACGAGACCGCAAACAGCGAGGCUGCAGCGUCUCCAGUCACGGAGAAUGCAAGUGCAGUGCAGUCUGUCUUGCUUGCGGCGGCGGGCUGUGUGUCGGAGCGGGAUGUCGCGACGUUCGUGGACAGCAGGGGUUUGCCGGAUGGGUCUCUCAAGCUGAGCAAGGCAGCAGCAGAGCAGCUGAUGAAGGAAAAUGCCGAACUCAAGCGAGAAAACGCGCACAACAACGCUGUUAUUGCUCAGUACAUCAGAGAGUUAGAGGGGUACAAGGCAAAUGAACGAGUGCAGCUCAGCAUUGAGUAUCUCCGCAACAUCGUGCAGCAGUAUCUCUGCGCGGCAGAGGAUUUGCGCCCAAAGAUGAUCCCGGCCAUUUGCACCGUUCUGGAAUUCAGCAGCAAACAAAAAGAAGACGUCCAAACAGCAAACCCACGAUGCCCUCGAUUUCACUGA